UGCGCGUAAGCCAUGACGUCAGCUUACAUCUUCUCACCUAUAUCAACCCCAAUCCAAUCUACUAUUACAAUAAUGGUUUUUACCAAUGUCGAACGCCGGAGCUCACAUCUCGCUCUAUCCGUUCCCCACCUCCGGCCACAUCAUCCCACUCCUGGACCUCGCCGACCGCUUACUCACCCAUGGUUUAAACGUCACCGUUUUUAUCACCCCCAAGAACCGUGCUUUACUCGAUCCACUACUCUCCGCCCACUCAUCUUCCCCCUCCCUCCACCCACUGCUUCUCCCAUCUCCAGAAAUCUCGCCCUCCUUCUCACCGGCUAAAAGGCUUGUUUCCAUGCUACGAACCUUGCGCGAUCUUCACUACCCUUUACUUCUCGAUUGGUUCCAAUCCCACCCUUCGCCCCCCGUCGCAAUUGUUUCAGAUUUCUUCCUCGGCUGGACCCAGGAGCUGGCUGCUAAACUCGGCGUGCGACGCAUCGUGUUCUCGCCUUCCGGUGCUCUUGCUGCUUCGGUUUAUCAGGCACUUUGGCACGACCAACCUUCAAUUGAUGAACAUUCUCAGAUAUCCUUUCCAGGGAUCCCGAAUUCACCCAAAUAUUAUUGGUAUCAAAUCUCUCACACGUACAGAGAUUUAACAAGAGGAGACCCUGACUGGGAAUUCAGCAAGGAGAACACGAAGUUUAACUUGUUGAGUUGGGGGUACGUGUUCAACUCGUUCAGUGAGAUAGAACGAGUCUAUUUGGAUCACUUGAAACAAAAAAUGGGUCAUGACAGAGUCUGGGCUGUUGGUCCACUUCUCCCAUCCGAUGUCAACAUCGCACCGACCAACCGUGGUGGGACCAGUUCAGUCGCAGUCGACACAGUUCUGACAUGGCUCGACGAGCGUGGUGAUAACACCGUAAUCUACAUCUGCUUCGGGAGCCGCACCGUGCUGACAAGCAAGCAGGUUGAAGUGCUGGCCGCCGCGCUGGAGAAGAGCCAGGUUCACUUCAUCUGGUGCGUCGCCCUACAACCGGCCGACGGCGACGGAGCCAUGCCUGAGGGUUUCGAGCAGCGGUUGGCGGGGAAAGGAUUACUAAUCAAAGGGUGGGCCCCGCAGGUGGCCAUUCUGAGACACAGAGCGGUGGGUUCUUUUCUAACUCACUGCGGGUGGAAUUCCACGCUGGAAGGAAUUUCUGCUGGAGUAGUGAUGCUGACGUGGCCAAUGGGUGCCGACCAGUUCACGAACGCGAACCUGCUAGCAGAUGAGUUGGAGGUGGCUAUUCGAGUUGGUGAGUCAACUCAGAUUAUUGCAGAGUCGAAUGAGUUGGCUCGGGUAUUGACCGAGUCGUUAGAUAGGAACAGGACAGAGAAGAUACGAGUCGAAAAGCUUCGGAAUACGGCGGUUCGUGCGGUUAACGGAGGAAGUUCGGAGAAUGAACUGAGUCAAUUCGUUAAAAAGAUAAAUGAGUUGCGCGUAGCUAAAGGAUAAUUGACUGGUUGCCAGAUUGCCUUCCACACACUGCAAUUAAAUUAUUUGUAUUCUUGUCGACAUAUUAUAUUUUAGUGGAUUAUUUUCUUAAUUAAUUAAUUAAUGGAUUUAAUUUACAUUAAAAAAA